AUGACAGACAUCCUCCCUGAUGGGUACGUGAGCUUCGCCGAAGCAAGUGCAGAUGCAGUCUCACUGGAAACCCUAGGAAAGUGGCCAGCGAAGAAUGCCCAGUUCUACUGGGGUUAUGGUGGACAUGUCCUCAUGUUCCCAAUCGAACAUGCGAAAAUCAUGAAUGUUGUUGCUUUUCGGACUAAGAAAGACGGAAAAUGGGACCAUGGUCGCAAUGGACAUCUGGGCUCUAUUCGAUCACCUCCAGCAAGCACCUACUACCAAAAAAGUAGGAUCUGUUUGCUGGGCAUUGCUGCACAUUCCAGUACUCUACAUCAAGGGUCUGGUGCAGGCAUUGAAAUCGAGGACGCCCUCGUUCUGAGUCAUUUACUAGCCGAUGUUAGAGAAAAGUCGCAGAUGGAGAGGGCAUUCAUGGCUUACGAUACGGUGGGACAUGAAAGGACUCAAAAGCUAGUCACUACUAGCAGAGACGCAGGAUGUUUCUAUGGGUUCCAAAAGCAGGGGGUUGGCGACGAUGUGGAAGCAGAUUUGGAAGGUCGGAUACAUUGGGUGUGGGACCUCGAUUUACAACUUCAUUUAGCGGAAGCCAAGAAGGUAUUCAGUUCUUAG